CAUCAUGUUUAAUUUUGACACUUUCCCAGUUGACGUAGAAAAUUUUAAGUCCGAAUAUGUGCUCUAUUUCGUUUGAUAAUUUAUAAGUUGUUGGAAAGCUGUCUCUCCAUAUUGCCAUUUAGUGCCGUUUGUUUAUAAAUGCAGAAAAUACGCGAAGCCCUGGCGAAGUUCUUGUUUUGUAUUUAUCGGCUGGAGCGUAACUUUUAGCAAAAAUGUGAUAUGUUGCUGUCAACAAAUAUUCCCAUUUUAUUAAUACCAUACAAAUAUUUCAUCUCCCCUUACAUAACCUUUCUCUUUUGCUCAAAAUGUAGUCAACGCUUUGCGUAGUAAAGUAUGUUGGCUUCUGCUAAGAAUAUUUUACAAUGGCAAAACGCCGAGAUUAUCGUGUUGGGAGAAUAGGAACACACAGAGCAGUAAGCAGCUUGGAAAAACGGGCUUAUAUCUCACUUACAAGCUCAGCGUAAAAUUUUUAAAGCCAAUCGGAGUGACAAUGGCGUCUGCAGAGAGUGGUGCGGACGAAGACGAGGAGCGGCGCAUCAUGUCGCUGCUUCUCGGCCCGGGCAAGAUGGAACGCGACCGGGGCGCUGUCGAGCUGCAGCGCCUGCUCAACUCCGGACCUGGGGAUGGUGGGGGUGGGGGUGUGCACCUCCGCCUCGGCCCACAGCUGCUGGCCAGCGCGGGCUCACUGAUCCCCACCUCGGUCACCUCCCCGUGCGAGGCUCGACUGGGUGCCCUGGUCGGUGCCAAGGUUCUCGUCCCACACCUCCACCCAAAUGAGAAUCGGUGUGAGGCCGAGCUGGCAGAGGCGGCCCGGGAUGUGGCACUCCGGACACUCGAUGACCCGGAAACUAGGGUGCGGGUGGCAGCUGGUGAAGUUUUGGGAGCACUUUGUAGGCAGACAGGGGUACAGACGUUCCUGGAAAGCCGUGAGGUGCUGCUGGACAUGAUCAGGUCCAGCAUCGAACAGUCCCCGGUACCUGCUGACGAGGAGGAGGCACCACCCCCACCACCACCUCCGUCGUCCUCAAUGCUGCUCGAUGUUCCAGAUAAGAUGGGUCCACUGUCACGCAGGCGUGGGAGUGAGUUGGUGGGAUUACGUCCGCUGGACGGGGAACGCGGUGGAAGUGGCGCCGUGACAGUAGCGAGCCGCCUAGAGACGACGUUGCGCUGUCUCCGUAGCAUGGCGGACGGCUGCGGCACAGCCCUGCAGCCGCAUGUAGAUCGGGAUCUGCUGCUGGUGGUGAUAUCUGUGCUGGCUCACCGUGACCGCUACGUCAGGGAAGCGGGGUUUGCGGCAUGUGCAGCAAUAAUGUCCUCUUGUAUCUGGGAUGGCGAAUCAGAAUUUGAGCGGGAGGACAUGAACCCUGUGUUUGCAGUGGGGCACGACCUGUGUGGGCACCUGGCAAAGGGUCUGGAGGACACCUGGAGUCAGGUACGGCUUGCAGCAUGUGUAGCUGUGCGGAAAUUUUUCCUGGCUCUGCCGGAGAAGUCUCGCAAUGCCUUCUAUCCCCAACUGCUGCCUAGGAUGUGUCUGAACAGGUACUACAUGGUAGCAGAAGGUGUGAGAUUGUAUUCGCAAGAAACGUGGCGACAGGUAGCGGGAGCGGCAGGGGUGGAGUUGGUGGAGUCGCACUUGGAGGCGGCGGUCACGUAUUACGAAAAGGUGGCGCUGGACGCGGACGGCGACGCCGCGGCCCGGGAGGCUUCCUGCUCGUGCUUUGGGGAGGUGGCGGCCAAACUGUCCCACUGUGUGGUGCGGCCACACACGGGCCGCAUGCUUAAAGUGCUGCUAACCUGCUUCAGGGAUGACUGCUGGCCAGUCAGGGACGCUGCUUGCAUGGCGUGUGGCAGUUUGGUAUCCUGCUUUCCAGAUGAGAGUCGCAGUUCUCUGCCAGAGAUGUUGCCACUCUUCCAACGCAGCUUACAAGACUCUGUUGCAACGGUGCGGCAGGGGGCGGCAGCGUCCUUGGCGUGUGUGGUGCGCUCACUGGGCUCGGAUGCACUGGCAGCCGCCAUCCAUCUGCUGGAGGAGGGCCUGGCCGGUGUGCAGCAGCAGCCCGCCACGGGGACGGGGGCGGGAAUGGGCAUGGCACUCGAGAGCACUGGCGACAAUCGACCCCUCAGGCAGAUAUUUAUGUCUGCAUCUUACACUCAGCGCAUUGGCCGAAGUGCUUCCACAACGGGUUGGUCAGAUAAUCCUUUCAACAAGCCAACCCUGCCAUGGCACUUUGCUGAUGGGUGCAUCCACCUCCUCACUGAGCUUGCACAGGUAGCAGAAUGUGUGUCUGCCGUCAUCGCUGCCGUGCCGUUGGCUGCUGAGGCGUGCCAGUACCGCCACUACGAAAGCCAUGUGUGCUUACUGGAAACCGUGUGUAAGCAGCUCCCACUGCUGGCAAAAGCUGUUGGCAAGAAGAGUUUCAAGGCACUUUUGCCAGACUUCCUGGAGCCUGUCUUCUAUGCCCUGGAGUGUGAGAAUUCCCUAACUUCAAGUGCAUCGAGCCAGUGCCUGAACCAGCUGGGAUCGAUUCUGGGCCCAAAUGUCCUACGUGCUAUGGUACAGCAACUGAAUCCCAGGUUUCUGCAACAUCUAGAUGCCAAUGUGUACAUUGCUCCAUUUUAAGGCGGCAACAGACACGCUCGUUCCGCACUGACCUCUUUCUGUCCUAUCUUCUGUGAUAUGUUGUGCUGUUGGUGUGCUGGUGCACACAGCCUCAGGUUUCCUGUGUCAACCGUGAUGUAGUUACCUGUCUCAGAAUUCUAGUAUUGGUGUUUUUCUAGUCAUUAUUAAUGUGUGUGACUGUAUGAAAUAAGCUUUUAUGAAAACAAGUGUUUUUCUUAUAGUUGGUAAAUCUUAUUGUAGUGCCUCAGAAGGAUCUGUAAGUAUUAUCAGAGCUGAGUUUUAAUGUGAUUAAAUCCCCCCCUCGAAGAAUCCUAUCUCAGCCUGUGUUACGUACCUUGCAUAAUUUCUUCUGUUGUUAGCUGCAGAUUAAAUAGUCAGUAGUUCUGUUACCGUUUGUAUCAAAUAUUCUAAAUCCUUGAAGUAAGAUAUAUUUUCAUUUGAUGUAACAAAUCAGCCUUUGUUUGUAUCAUGUACAUUUAUUAUUAUCUGUUUUCCAUGUUGUUUAACGAUUUUACUCCUUACAUAAGACAGUACCUCUCAUUAUAUGAGUAUUUGUGUAUUUUUCUGUGUGCAUGUUUAUAUGUAUAGAUUAUGAUGUGUCAAUAAGGAUAAGCUCUAUGUUUGUGACAAAAGAAACUUGUGCCUACUUCAAAAUGUGACCUGAAGCAAAUGGCAGCUUUGUGAGAAGGGUUUCUCUUGCAGAAUACAUUAGUGGCACUGGAAAGUAAUAUAUUUUCCAUUUAUAAAAUGUGCAAGAAGUCUGUAGGAGUUCAGCAUAGAAGGCAAGCUGUUGCAUUACGGAUGAUGUAGUAUUUGUUGCCUCAUCAAUAGUGGAAUGUCAGUGAUGGAGAGACUACUCAUUGUGUGCUGUCUCUUAGGCAUUGUACAAGAGUUAUUGAGCAAGUGAGAUUUCUUACUGCCAUAAACAGUCACAGAAUAUAAUCAAAAUAUCUUUAAUGUCAGAUUUGUAGUAUUAAAAUUUUUUGGUGCACUUGCCGCAUUAAGUUCCUAUAAAAGUUGAAGCUUUCAACAAAAUCUACCAUUUUCUUCAUCAGUUGCUUUCUGAUAAAGAAGAGCUCAGAGUUCUUAUAGAAAAUUAAUUUGACUAGUGCACCAAGAAAAUUUAAUACACUAGGAGAACAUGUUUAUUUAAAAGCAUUAGUAGAACUAGAUGCAGCUGUUAUUCAGCAAUCCCUUAACAUAUUCACACUGCAACUGAGAUACUUGCAACUGAUGCACAGUGCAUACCAACAGAAUGGCAUGACCAAACAGCAGUGGGGGUCCACUAGGUAGAACACGAACACGAUGUCACAUUGUACAACUUAAUAUUGGAGGUCAUCUGAAAUUGUUAGUACUGCUACUGUACACACCACAGGUGAUAAGAAGCUUCAGUUUAGUGGACAUCGUUGUUUUGGACUUUCUACAGAAAGUGUAAUAAUGAUGUCCUGGAAUUGAUAUGAUCACCCAAAAUCAAAGACAACCUGAAGGUGGUGUACUGUAACACCUUAACAAUUUGUGUUUGAAUAAAACCAGUAAAUGCAGCUGAUCGUGUUGUCCUCACAACUUACAGGGUGAUCAGAAACAGUCUGACAAGCUUGUAAGGUUAUUGCAGGGUAGGUUGUGCGGAGAUAUAAUUAUUAAGGAAAAAACUAGACAUGUUGCACCUUUUUUUUUGAGCUGAUCAGCAUUGAAGAUAGCCAAGCAGGCUGUUGUGUGCACAAGUUCUAGUGAUCUGCUAGCUACUGUGUCACCAAUUGUGUUCUUUAUUCAGUUUCCUAAAACUAAACAACAGAGUGAUACAAAAAUUGGACAUUGGGUUAUAGGAAGGAUCGAACCUGAGCCGAAGGCUGAGCAGUUUCUGGCACUAUCAUCUAUGCUAUGAGAACAACUGACACUAAUUAUAUCUGGUAGGCCAUUUAAAAUAAAUGCAUGAUGGCCUGAUUGACAGACUUCAAUGCAAAGUAACUCGGAAAGCACACAAGGGGGUACUGAAAUUUUUUUUCUUAAAAAUUAUUGCUCAGCACAACCUACUCUGCAGCACCCUGACAACCUUUUCAGAAUGUUUCUGAUCACAAUGUGUAAGAUAACAAUAACAGCUAUUAUCUCAGUGCUGUAAGUUGUGUGACACUGGCAGUCUUGCUGCAGUUUGUUCCUCGAGAGUACCUGAGAUUUGCUGGCAGUUGUCUUUGACAGUUACUCUUGGACUCUCAUUGCAGUAAUACACCGAGUUUCUCAACAGUUAGAACUUUUGAGAGAGAAAACUGCAAAGUCCUGUAAUUUGAAAACAAUGGUUUAUGGAAUAGGAUAGAUUGCUGCUCACCUCAUAGAGGAGUCACAGAGUGUUAGACAGGCGCAUUGAAACAACACCUGUCUUCAACUACUGCUUCACGACCAAUGCCAUCUGAAUUCCUCCCACCAGUACCCAGUUUUCUGAAUUGCAAAGGCAUGACCCCCUGGCCAUCACCUGCCUCUGUCUCCUCCUCUGCUCUCACCUCAGUGUGAUCAGAUAGCACAGUAUGCAGCACAGGACCCCUUGGUAGAGUCCCUGCAUGGCAAACAGUUUUAAUUCGCCACAAACAAUUGUUAAUAAUACAAGGUUACUCAUAAAUACCUGUGGUACAUCACAAGAUGACUGCACAAAAACUACAAGAUGUAUAGAAAAACAACAUCAGUGGAUAGAGCAUCAGUCCAUAUGUGCUGUGGUGUAGUUGAAGAGUGCACCACUGAGGGGCAGGAGUGUCAGAACAUAUAGAUGGGUCAUCCUUUCUGUACUGCCACAUUUAUUAGCUCAUACCUGUAAGUAGGCAACCUAGUGAUUUCCAAGGUGGACUGCUGUCAUUGCACCUUUCUGGGUGGCAGUGACUUCAGUGAAUUGAUACUACAAUGGUGAAGUUUCUGACAUCCCUAAAACUGUGGAAAGGGGUCAUUUUGAGCCCGUAUAAAUUUCUUUCAUGUUGACAUUACUACUGUAUUUUAGUGUGCACUAAUGCCUAGCUUUUUGCGAGUUAUAUCAUCGAUUAUUUAACACAGUUAUUAAAAUAUUACUUAUGUAUUUCAACAACAACAAAAUCUUACCGAUUUAUCAUUGCUGGUGCUACCAGGUUUCCUAAACUGUUGACUUUCAUAUACUGACAAUUUGUAGAUGGUUCUAGGCAUAUUUAACAUAUUUGGUCCAUAUUAUACCCCCGAAAGUUGUAUCCGUGGCCCGUUGUACUUUUUACUCAAGUCAUUGGACUGUGCUAGAUGCUCUUAGCAAAGAUGAUUUCUGUUUUACACACAUACAUUUCCUGCACACAGCUUUGUGGCACUUUAACAGCUGUCAUUGGCAUUGUUGACUUUGCAGAAGCAGAUUUUACACUGCUACUGCUUUGUAGAUGAUUUUGAUCCCAUAUUCUCUUCUUUUAUCUGCUCUUCUUCCUGCUCUUUCUCUUCUUUGAGUUCACAAGUUAGCUGAAAAAGUAACGUUUUCCUCUCAUUUUCUGGUUCGUUACAAUUUUGUAGAUGACUCACGUAUUUAUUGCUGCCAUGCCCAAGAAGGAGAAAGACAUGCACUAGUCCUGCAUGCAACUUUUGCAGUUUGUUUACAGGUCAUUUGAUCAAUUACACCCACUCUGUGCUUUGCUGCAUUGUGGAAAGUUAUGGUUUCAGGCUUCUUGUUUCACUUUUUGAUUACUGCUACUACAACGUGCAAUAUACUCAGAAGAAUGACUUUUUCUCCUUUUCUUGAUGUACAGUCUUUGUUUCCAGUAUGGUGCAACAUGGUUGUGGAAAGUAUUUCAGCAUUUGGCUUCUCUUCCUCAUCAGGAAUUUCACGAUGUUCAUUGUACCAGCUAAUGAAAUCUCCCCCCCCCCUUUUUUUUUAGCUGCUUAGCAAGUUGAAAACAUAUUACAGAGUUGUCUAUUAUCACAUACUUUCCUCAGUUUAGAAAUGGCUCAACGAGAUGUAGAACAAUGUACUCACCAAACGGUUGCUUCACUGUCAACAAUCAAAAAUGUGAGACUGCGUUUGUUGGGCAUGGAUUGCCUGAACCUGCAUCUUACACCUACCAAUUUUUCCACUUCCUCGAGUGACACAGUGGAGGCCCCCCCCCCCCCCCCCCCCCCGCCCUCUUUUUUUUAAGUACUUUUCAAACACUAGAUUCCAUGUGUUUCUUCACGGGAGUGUAGCAUUGCUUUGUAAAAAGAAAGACAGACUGCACUUAUGACAGAGGCAUCCACCCUUUGGCAAGAGUACAAGUGGCAGGACCUCUUCUCCUUUAGAAUGUUCUCAGCCAAUCUUCAUCCAGUAAAUAGAAAAUUAGCAGUCUUCCACUUGGUUACAUCUGUAGUGACUAUCUUUGUAGAGGCAUUCAACUGGGCCUGCUGUAGUGGAGGAGGUGAGGAUUGCCGUAGAGCAGCAUCUGAACCCUCUUCCACUCAUCCUUGCUGAUUCAUCAGUUUUCGAUUCAGCAUCAGAAUUUUCUAAGAGAUAUAACUUUCUUCAUCAGAACGUCCAUGCUGACAAGACUUGUUUGAAAAUGUCUGUCAUGCAGGAACUGUUACCUGAACAGCACAAUGUACUGUAGCAGAUUGAAAUGUGCAUGUGCCAAGACGCAACAACAGUCAGUAACAACUCUGCACAAUUGCUGAUUAUUCCCCCUUUUGUAGUUGUAUUAUUUACAUAUAUUUGGAAGAGAGAUUACAGUGGUGUCAAAUUGACCACUUCUAGUUAUAUUGAAUGAAAUGUCCAAGGAAAUAUAAAUACAGAUAAAUGGUUGUAGCUCUUGUCAUAAGUUGCCUUAAGAAGCACCCUAUUUAUUUACUGAUGCUGACUAGUUUCAGACAUCUAUGUCCAUUUUCAAACCAUCCCAGUCUUAAGUGUGACACUGCAUGCAAAAACCUAUGUAUAAAAAUUGCCCCUGCAGCAAUGAUCAAAGUGGCACUAUGGCCGACUCACCAAUAGUAAAUAGACCACAUAGGACAGAUAUUGGAGAUUUAAUGCAACUUAUAAAACAAGCUGUUGAUCUAUUUUCACCUGCAAGUUUGUAAAGUAAAAAAUAUUAUGUAGAUCCUAAUACAUCAUCAUAAGGACGAGAAAAGAUUAGGAGAAGUCGUAUUAUUUCAUGAACAAACUAAGAAGAAAUUGGAUAUUACAUUGAGAAAAUGAAAAAAAAGUCAUCUUGACCCCUUCUACUGUUAUGCACAUAUUUACAUUUACUGUAUCAUACAAAUGUGCCCAUACUGAGCACUUGUAAAGUUAUAGAGAUGCUGUAUCCACCGAUAUGCACCUGUUUUUUAUAUAUAUCUUGUACUUUUUUGGAAUCCCCGUGGUGCUUUUGAAUAAUGUCGUAUACAGGCAGAUGCAUUGUUGUAAUGUAGAAAUUACUGAGUCUCUUCCACUCACAAGUCUCCUGUUCUCAAGAAUCUGUGUCUUAUGUAAACUUGAAUUUAUAAUAUUGUUAUUGAUAAAUAAUAUAGAUUACAGCAAGAGAAAUAAUUUGUCUGAGAGGCAAAUGCAAUGUUUCUGAGUGUUGACAGACUUAUAAACAGAAUGGACUCGCACACCUCUCUCCCGUGGUGAUCGACCAUUUCUCUGUCCACGAAUGCCAGUGUGCCAACUUCUCGGCAGUAAAGAUUUGUCAGAUGCUAUAUACGCUUAUCAACAGCUCAUUUGUCUGUGCUGACUCCUUCCACUGCUGCCUUAAGUUAACACACUCCCAGUUAGACUGACAAUGGGCCUAAUAAAUAUUUUGGCAUAUUUAUUGACAAAUGUAGUGCUUGCUAUAAGUCCUGAGCAUAAUGUAUAAGGCAUUGUUUGAAGUAUAGCACAGUGUCUUUUGUUUACAGUAUUAGUAACUAGCUGCAUCAGUACAAAUGUAGAAGUGGUAUACUCAUUCAGGUAAAGAAAAACCAUCUGGUAUGACAAGAUUGCAUUUUUCACAGGCUAUUAAGAAAAAGUACAGUUUGACUGUAACUUGGCACUGCACACACUGCAGUGUAGUUUUCAUUCUGUAACAUUACAGUGGAAGCUGACGCAAUUCUAUGUGCAACAGUAAGUCUUAAAAUUUAUGCUUCAAAAUUUUUAUCGAAAGUGACAUUGUGAGCCUUCAGAUAAGCUGUGUCACAGUUUUUAUACCUGUGUCAGGAGUAGACAAGUAACUUACUUUCCAUACUAAUAGUUGUAACAUCGAACAAAGAGGAUUAGUCAUGUUACUUGCCCACCUGGUCAUUCUUCAAAUGCUGUAUUUUAUAGAUCGUCAGACUCUCAAAGUGGUGCUUUCUAAUCUGUGUGAUGUAGUGAACAUUGUGGUCUAAAAAUGGAUGCCUUUUCACUUUUGUUGUGAAGUAUGGCUCCAAGGGAUGCCACUGGGAGAAGGAAGAAGACCUAAACUGCCCAUGAUGAGUCUGUUUAUUAGUGGACAGAGUAAGUAGUGUUAGAGAGAGAGAGAGAGAGAGAGAGAGAGAGAGAGAGAGAGAGAGAGAGCACUUUUCAUGUGAUGCCAGGGGCAGGUAUGUUAAAUGAAACAAGAUUUUACUUAACUGCAGGUUAUUCUUUCCUGCUGUAAACUUUGCUAUUAAAUUUAUAAAUAUUGUAUUGGAUUCAGUUGGGUUCUCUAUAGUAUGUGUGUGGUUUGAUCAUUAAUGUGCCACAUAAAUCGGGAAGAGCAGAUUUCGAAUAUUAUAUGAUGAUGCUGUCCCCUCACUUUUAAUGUGUCCACCUAUUUGUCUAGUGCACAAUGAUAGGACAUCUGGUCAUACGUUGUUCAGGUUCCCACAAAGAUCGGGUAUUCUGUUUAGAAGAUCGGAGGAAAACAAGAGCAGGCUAUUUCUUAUUAGCCACUGCAAUGCUCAUCCAAUAUUGGGGUAAUGGUCUAUUUCUUUUAUGUUCAGAGAAAAAGCUUAAAAACACUUUUGUAUCUGAUGUGGAAGGUGUUAUUGUCUCAAUGUAUUCCUCCUCCACAUUAUCUGAUAUGGAAUUUGUGUACCCCCCUAUCUAUGAGAAUAUUUUCUAAAUGUUUGUGAAUUGUGUAAGUGAAGCAGGGAUGUGGGGAAACUGCCCAAAAAUAAACCCCCAACUGGGUGGCACACUGGCUGUCAUCAGUAGUCUGCUGGGCGGAUUUGACCUGGGGCUGCCACGCCUCCACACGGGUGCCUAAAUGUAUACCACUGAUAUUUAUAUAUAAAGAAUAAGUCCAAAUUAGGGUACUAAGCUUACUGCUUAACACACUGACUACAAGCUGAGUGGUUGUGUUUACUACAUUAAGCCAUUGAGGGUGAGGAGAUGGCUCAUGAGAGUGAAGAAGGCUCCAAUACCUUACACUUGCAUGGCAGUAGGUGAAAAACAGAGCACAGAUUUGCAAUUGAAUGCCAAGUUGUCAUUGGAUGAAGGUCUCUGAUGUACAUAAAAAUUUCAAAAGAAAUAUUACCUGAAUGAGUUUACUGAAGUAGAUUAGUGUCACACAAUAUAGUCCUGUGUGUGUUAUCAGACAAACAUUAUAAGCAAAUCAAUCAUAUCAUAGAACUGAACCAAAGGAAUUUAACUGAUUGUGAUAUGUGACCUCUUAGUGUACUUCAUUACUUAAAGCUUUAAGCAUGCUUGAUUAUGAAAAUGUGGACUUUGAGUGUGCCAAAGGUAUUGUAUGAUAAUAUUGUAACUUUCUAAUGAUGGUUGUGAUCUGUACUGAGAGCUAUACCUAUUCUUUCACUUAUUUUAUAACUGUCAGAAUACAUGUACCACAUAAGUGGAUUUUAAUGGGAUUUGCACAGUGUUUGUAAAUACAUGUGGGAAAAAAAUGUUUUAUUGAGUAAAUUUUAUUAUCUCUUUUGUACUUUACAAAUUCAAGGUACAUAGUAUAACAACUCUACAGUUACAAAUAUCACUUACAUUCUAUAUAGAUAAAGUACAUAAAUGUAUAUUGUUCAUUUUUAUUAUUUUGUAAGACUGCCAAACUUGGAACCAGUUACUUUUCAGUUCAGGUAUUUUUUUGUUGCAACUGCAAGUCACUGUCGUGUUCAUGAAAUCCAUUGCACUGGAUUCUAUAUGAGGUGCUAACAAAUAGCUUCGUGGUCCCACUGCUGAAAUUUCACUGACAUUUCUGCAGACACACAAUGUUUUUAUUCACUUGCAGUGUUCCCAUGCUUUAACUAAAUCUGUGGGCAAAUAGCCAAGCCAACUGAAGUUCAAUGACACAGAAUAACAGACCAUUUUCUCAGUGUCUAGCAAAGUGAGAAAUAAGUAUCUGUGGGAUACUAACUACAAAAUGGAGGUAUGAUCACAACAAAGAAAUCAACACUCAGUAUGGUUGCAGUGAAACUGUAAAAAAAUCUUAAAAUACAAUAAUGAGCAACUGAUGUAAACUUUGGCUGUAUGUACAAAUGAGCAUUGAAACAUUUGAGCUGGUGGUUUAAAAUCUUCAGGCUGAUUACGUGGAUGAAAAAUAUUUUCACAGUGGCUAUGGAAACAUCAUUCAUUACCUCCCUGAAACAGCUUUUGGACUCGGUCAUAACUCCCAAAGAUGUGGUAAUAGAUGGAAACAUUCCACGUAGGAAGUUACAUGUCUUUGGAAGUAAAUUUUUCUUGCUGUUUGCAAACUCAUUUCCAAUACAGUGUAGUUGGUGUCAGUUUUCAGACAUCAUAAUUGGAUUGUUUAUCAAAUGUAAACACAUUUUUUUUAAUAAUAUGCUUGUCCUAAUAAUUGGCUUUAAUGGAAGUUUAUAUGGGUGGUCAAUUGUGUUACCACUAAGAACUUUUGAGACUGGUCUUUUCUGUACACUGCAAUAACAAUUGGUGUGAAAAUAAACUUUUAUCAAAGUACGGAUGCCUAACUUCAUUAAAAAUGCCUGCAGUUAUAUUCUCAGCAGUGGCAGUGCAAGAGAAAAAGCAAUUUGAUCUCCUCUGAUAGCAUAAACGUGCUUGCACACAGGUCUGGGAGAACUGGUACCAAGGGAGGCCUUCACAAGAGCUCUUACUUUAUACUAAUCUUUAAAAAGAUGCAUCACAGACUGACAAGACAACACACCAAAGAAAAAAAGGUUUCCCUUUUAUUUCUGUCACCUCUUAUGUACACAAUCUGAAAGUCAUUCUCAAAA